AUCCGGGUCCGGCCACUGCUGCGGGCGACUCGUCGCCAUUACGGGGCAGCGGCGGCCGAGCCGGGGCCGGUGCGGCGCCGAGCAGCCGGUGGGUGCCGGGGUGGUGCCGACCCCUCGGGCGGCAGCAGCGCCGGGCCCCGCGGGGCUCCGUGAGCAGCUCUUCUCUCCCCCGCGCCCGGAGCCCCGCAGGCCCGGCCCGGCCUCCCGCGGCCUUCCCCGGUUCGAGCGGAGCAGCGAGAAGAUGUCGCCAUGAAGGAGGCCGAGUCCGCGCUGCGCCGCCCCCGCCGGUCGCCCCCGCGGGCCAUGAGCCUGGGCCCCCGCCGGCUCCGCCAGCGCCCGUCGUGCCCCCCCGCCCAGGGCCGCCGCUCGCCCGGGGCGCCCGUUGAUGCUGCAGAGCCCGCCCGGCGCGACCCCCGCAGCCCCCGCCAUGGACAAGAGCAGCCCCUGCGGCUCCGGUGCGCCCGGAUCCUCGGCCGGCAGCAAAGGGCAGCAGCCGCGCUCCGCCUCGGCCGGGCCCGCCGCGGGGGAGUCUAAGCCCAAAGGCGAUGGAAAGAAUGCGAGUGGAUCCAAACAGCGUUAUAAUCGUAAAAGAGAAACUUCAUAUUCAAAAAAUGAGAACUUUUCCAGUCAGUCCCGUCGCUCCAAUUCACAGAAAAGCAAAGCUUUUAACAAGAUGCCCCCUCAAAGGGGAGGCAGUGGGGGAAGUGGCAAACCUUUUAGCUCUUCUAAUGGUGGAAGACGAGAUGAGGUAGCAGAGGCUCAACGGGCAGAGUUCAGCCCUGCCCAGUUCUCUGGUCCCAAGAAGAUUAAUCUGAACCACUUACUGAACUUCACCUUUGAACCCCGUGGCCAAGCAGGACAUUUUGAUGGGAAUGGACAUGGCAAUUGGGGGAAAAGGAACAAGUGGGGACAUAAACCGUUCAACAAGGAGCUCUUCCUGCAGGCCAACUGCCAGUUUGUUGUCUCUGAAGAACAGGACUACACAGUCCACUUUGCUGAUCCAGAUACCUUGGUCAACUGGGACUUUGUGGAGCAAGUGCGAAUCUGUAGCCACGAAGUGCCCUCUUGCCCCAUAUGUCUGUACCCACCAACCGCCGCCAAGAUCACCCGCUGUGGACACAUCUUCUGCUGGGCAUGUAUCCUUCACUAUCUCUCCUUGAGUGAGAAGACCUGGAGCAAGUGUCCUAUUUGUUAUGGCUCUGUUCAUAAGAAGGAUCUCAAGAGUGUUGUUGCUAUGGAAACACGUCAAUAUGCAAUUGGUGAUACCAUUACGAUGCAACUUAUGAGAAGAGAGAAAGGUGUUCUGGUAGCACUGCCCAAAUCCCAGUGGAUGAAUGUGGUUCAGCCUGUUUACAUCAGAGAUGACCAGCACAGUCAGUAUUCAAAGCUGCUUCUGGCAUCCAGGGAGCAGGUCUUGCAGCUUGUGAUCCUGGAGGAGAAAGCAGCGUUACUGAAACAGUAUGAGGAAGAAAAGCACACCCCUGAAGCCUGUUUCAUUGAGGCAGCUAUCCAGGAGCUGAAGGAACGAGAAACAGCACUCUCUGCUGACCAGGAUAAAAACAAUGGCAUUGCUGGAAUCAGUGCAGCUGUGGAAGAAUUGGUCCUAGAAAGCUCUAAAGCUGUGGAGCCUGCUGUUUCCCAAGAGAAAAAGUGUGAUAUGGAAUAUCUCUCUGCAUUCGAUGAGGAGCUUGUGGAGCCUUGCUCUGACCUGGCAAGUUCCUUUUUGCCUCCUGUGGAAGUGGAAGAGGCAGUGCCGGAUGAGGAGGAAGUACCUGAGGUGGACGCUGUAGGAGAACCUGUUAUGAGCACUGUAGAGGAACCAAAUACAGCUGAAACAAGCUGCCAAGAAUCUAAAGAUACAGUUAGCAGUGGACAUCUUGGCAACUCUCCUUUUUACUAUUUCUAUCAAGCGGAGGAUGGGCAGUGCAUGUACCUUCACCCUGUGAACGUUCGAUGCCUUGUGCGUGAAUAUGGCAGCUUGGAGAAGAGUCCAGAGAAGAUAACUGCAGCUGUAGUGGAGAUAACUGGCUACUCCAUGACAGAGGAUAUAAGACAGCGUCAUCGCUACCUCUGUCACUUGCCCCUCACCUGUGAGUUCAGCAUUUGUGAACUGGCUCUGAAGCCACCUGUCAUCUCUAAGGAGACUUUAGAGUUGUUCUCAGAUGACCUUGAAAAGAGGAAACGUCUACGGCAGAAGAAAGCUCGCGAUGAACGACGGCGCGAACGCAGGAUUGAGAUAGAAGAAAACAAGAAACAGGGCAAAUAUCCAGAGGUCCAUAUUGCUCUAGAGAAUCUGCAGCAGUUCCCUGCUUUUACCUCGUGCCCUGGAGAAACUGCCAGCACUGAUCAUCAGGGCUUCUGUCAGUCUCCUCUUGGCAGAAGCCCUGUGUCUCAGACAGAGUCUAUUCCAACUCCGCUGUCACCUGCUGCCAGCCAGGUCAGCCCAUUGCUCUGUGGAAGCUUGGAAGAAGAGUCUCCCUUCCCUUCCUUUGCCCAGAUGUUGAGAGUUGGAAAGGCAAAACCAGAAACAUGGCCUAAACCUGCUCCAAAGACAAGAGAUGAGAACACUCUGGCACUCCCUGUGCCCGGAGAUAGUGAUGGAGAAAGUGACAGCUCUGACCGGAUUCCUGUGCCCAGCUUCCAGAAUUCCUUCAGCCAAGCUAUUGAGGCAGCCCUCCUGAAACUGGACAAACCGUCCACAGCUGAUCAUUUAUCAGAGGAAAAGGGAGGCAAGAAAAGAAAGAAACAGAAGCAGAAGCUAUUGUUCAGCACCUCUGUUGUUCACACAAAGUGAUUCUGCUUUCAAGAGAAGUUUCCUCUCCUGGUUUUCUUUUAAUUUUGCUUUGUUUUGCUGCUAUAGUUUAAGUAUUUAAAUUUGAACAGCCUAAACUUGUGUUUCCAGGACUUCUAGGGGCUUCAGGAGGAAACCAUGACAGUGUAUGUUGAAGUAACAUGUUUUGAUUCCAACUGCUUAAUGAUUUCAUACUGAAACAGAGAUUUGGAAGUAACAACCCAGAGACAAAGCUGCCAAAAGCUGAGUCAGUCCUUUGGGUGUGAUAAGCAGUGUGAAAGUCCUUACAGCUGUGUGGCACUGCCAAAGUACUGCACUGUUACCCAAGAGAAAAAGGCAGAGAGCUUUUAUUUUCCUGUAAUUAUUCAUGGGCAGAAGUCCAUUUGACUGACAGCGGUGCUGUUGCAGUGAAGCUGUCAAACUGCUCUCUUGAGAAACUGGUUUUGGCUGCACUGGAAACAGGCAAAAGAGCUUACUGGCUUUAGAGUGUUAGCUGCUAUAUCUGUUCUUUUUCUGAAGAGCAAGAAUUCCUCCUGUUCUCCUGGCUUGGAAAGAUACAAAGCUGAGGUGAGUGUAAAGCAGAACUUGGCUACUUGGUUUUAAAGUGGCUUGAUGAUUUGUGUAUUUCAAAAUGGCACUAGUGGUAGAAGGAACCUCCUGACUUCUCUCAGUUGUUCAGGUCUGUUUUAAUGUGGGUGAGUGAGGCUGCUACUUUUUAGGGGUUUUUUGCCACCCAUGGGCUACACAUUCUUUUUAACCUGAUCAUCUAGAAUAAACACUCCCCUCUAGGGCUUCUGGUAACCAUCUGAAUGAUGGUUUGACACUGGCUGCUCUUGAGCUGGAAGAACAUCUGGUAGCUGAAGUCUGUAGAUAACCUUUACAUCCUAGCAAGAAACUGGGGUUUUCUUGUACUGAGAUAAGGGCCUGUGUCUGCUUGGUUCUGGGAUUUAAGUUGAUCUGUGCUACAAACAUGUUUCUCCUGGAUCCCUCCCUGCUCUUUUCUUUGAGUGGUCACAUUCUGCACUGCUUGUGGUUUGAUUUGAGCUAAUGAGUUAAGUGGCGUGGAUUUUGUUGAAUAAAAUGAAUUUUAGGUGUAACGUACCAGUCAAGGCCAACAGUUGCAAUAAAUCAUACGCACACGCACUUACAGUACUGCAUCCUUCCUCAGCAAAGUACCACUGAACUUAGGGAGGGAGACUGACAGUAUCUUCUGUUGUCUUCAGCCCCAGUGGCGCAGGCUUCACUGUGCUCUGUCCCUCUAACACUGAUCUGAGUGAGGAGGAAGUGUGUGUCUGAGGCACUUGGAGUUAGGUAUUCCAACACCACUGGCAGUCAGUGCUUGUGUCCCUGUUUAAAAAUCUGAUGUCAGUACAUGGUUGCUUGAUUUCAGAGCAACAGGCUCCACAUGUGUGCCUCAUGGGAAGCUGGUACCAAAGAGUCCAUCACAUGUGGCUGUAAACCAGAAAGGAGAAGGGGGGAGGUAAAGAAUACUUCCAACUGCUACAGGAGGAUAGAGGAAACACCUGCAGAACAUUCUUUGAAAGCAGUUUGACUUCACGCUUGGUCACAACUAACCCUACUCAAUGGAAGACAGUACAGCUUGUCAGGGACUGCAAAGAAACUAUGACAAGAUGCUUGAAAGUGGUGACAUGUCUUGCUGUCAAUACUUUAAAUGCAUAUGGGAAAACAAUUGGUGAGGACAGAGAAAGCAACUAAGAGAUUCAAAUAUACAGUGAACUGUGUUUACAGCAAGUCAUUUUAAGCUAUGGAACAGGAGUAACUACUUUAAGUGUCUAACCAGUAUCUGUUGUGUUCUGUUAUCUCUGGACAUUUAUAGUCAAAUUUUCUUUGCAUUGGGAAGAGAGAAUAGUUGGAGCUGGUGUAACUCACCUCCACAUGUCACAGGCAUUAGGAUAAGGGAAGUGGAUGUGGGCUAGGCAGGCUGUCCCUGCUGCAGGGGCAGUCCCCACAGGGACAGCAUCUUCAAUUGUAUCUUGUUUUCCUAUGGAUUCGAGAUAAUACCAGCAAUGCUACUUUCCUGUAACUGAUUGGUGUAAACUUAAUAAAUAUCUAAGCAGUACUUGUA